GACAAUUGUGCACGACGACUUUGACCAAAAUCGCGUUACUACCUUUGCUUGUCCCUCUUCUCACUCUCGCCUCGUCGUCGUCGGCCAGCUUCUGAUCUUCCACAACCUGCGCCGCCGGUAGCCAUCGUCAUCCCGUGGCCGAAGACUGCCGCAAGCUUACCAAAAAACGCCGCCAUCUUCUCCAAUACCGGCAGCCGAUCUGGCUCUGGUAACUGGUGAAUGAUGGGAAAAGACAGAUGACCGUAGUCACCAGAUCAGGUCCCCAUAUGAACCAUCUCUGAUUUGGAAUGUUGGCAAAAGACAGGAAGGAUGGUGGAAACUGAUUAUAUGCAGCUAUAACACGGUGAAUGAUGGCAAAAGACAGAUCCCUGUACUCACCAGAUCGGGUCCUCAUAUGAACUGUCAUCUCUGUUUUGGAAUGUUGCCAAAAGACAGGAAGGAUGACGGAAACUGAUUAGAUCCAGCUAUAAUACGCACAGAGGACUGCAAAAAUCUUCAGUGAAGUCAAUAUGAGCAUAAUAAGCUACAUAAAACAGGCAAUUGAGGCCAUCUCUGGCUUCAAUGAGUGUGUCACUUUUUUCCAAUGGCUUAGAUCUCCGCAAACCCGUUCAAAUGGAGCAGAAAAUCAAGAACUUAAAGAAGAUGAUGUACUGAAGUUGAAGAGCUCUCUUCAAUGCCUUCGGGAUACUCUACCUACAAUGCGCAACUUUAUUGAUCUAGCAGAGUGGAGGAGCCAUGAGAUGUGUGUGGCUGAGUUCCUUCCAGAACUUAAGGGUGCCAUGUAUGAUGCAGAAGACCUUCUAGAGUAUUUCCGAUACUAUGAAUUGAAGGUAGAAAUUGAGGGCAGUGUGACCUCAUCGGAACCAGGCACUAAAUUCUUUCAUGAUGCAAUUCAAGGUAACUUGGAAAAAUUGAAUCACAUCAAGGAGAGGCUAGAUAAUCAGUGUAUGCAACUCGAGAGAAUGGGCUUACGUCAAGCAACUCCACGGUUUGACAGAUCAGUCAGACCCGAGACCACUUCUUUUCCCACUGAGGCAAAGAUAUUUGGUCGUGAUAAUGAAUUAAAGGAGCUGAUUAGAUUGCUUGGUGUAUCGGCAAAUAAUAGAAGGGAUCCUUCCAGACCCAAGAGGAAAAGAAGUGCAAUCCACUCAUCAGCAAGCUACCAAGUUUGUGCUAGCCUUGAUAAUAAUGAAGCAACAGUAAUAACGAGUGUGCCAGUUUUGCCCAUAGUUGGAAUUGGAGGUGUUGGAAAAACUACUUUGGCCCAAACUAUCUACAGCAAUCCACAAGUUCAAAGACACUUUGACGUGAUAGUCUGGAUUUGUGUCUCAGAUGACUUUGAUGUCAAGAGGUUAACUAAAGAGGCCAUAGAACAAUUUUCUGGGAAAGUGCCGACCAAGGAUAAUUUGAACUCUCUCCAAGCUGAUCUUGCAGAUAGACUCAACAAUAAAAGAUUUUUAAUUGUCCUUGAUGACAUGUGGGAUGAAAAUAGGGAGCUCUGGAAGACGUUCUAUGCCCCUUUUAAAAAUGUACUUGAGGGAAGCAUGAUGCUUGUGACAACUAGGUCUGCAAAGGUUUCUGAUAUAGUGCGGACGAUGGAUCCCUUUCUAUUGGAGGGUUUGAGGGACAAUGUCUUUCAGAAUUUCUUCAAACUAUGUGUAUUUGGAUCUGAUAGCUCUACCAUUAAUCCUGAGUUGGAACAGAUUGGUAAACAAAUUCUCCCAAAGUUGAAAGGGUCUCCUUUAGCUGCAAAAACCCUCGGACGGCUGCUAGGAAUGAGCCUUGACCCAGCACAUUGGAAUAUGAUUCUUAAUAGUCAGCUAUGGGAGCUUGAACAAGAGAGCACUGACAUUUUGCCAGCUCUUCGGUUGAGCUACAUGUAUUUACCAUUCCAUUUAAAGAGAUGCUUCUCAUUCUGUGCUGUGUACCCGAAAGAUUACAAUUUUGUAAAGGAAGAUUUAGCUGAAAUUUGGAUGGCAGAAGGCUUUGUGGAAUCUCAACAAACUGCUUGCAAAUACUUUGAAGAACUUGCACAUCUGUCAUUCUUUCAGAAACUUCGUGGGAAAUAUGUAAUACAUGAUCUGAUACAUGACAUGGCACAAUUGGUUUCGAAGGACGAGUGCUUCAUAAUAAAAGAGAAAAAGGAUCUUGAAAGGAUUCCUCAGAAUGUUCGUCAUCUAUUUGUGGUCAAAAGCAGAGAUUUUAAGUGUUCUGACUUAGAGAGUUUAUGCAAGCAAAUAAAGUUGCGCACCCUACUUUGUGACAUGUCUUUAAACAAUAAAGCUGGCAAUACUGUGAUGAAGAAAUGGUGUACUGAAUUUUUGAGCAUGCGUGUCAUGGUUUGUGCCUCUAUCUCUGAGUCAGGUUUGCCAGAUAGUGUUAGCAACAUGAAGAAUCUCCGGUGCCUUAAAAUCUUGGAUUCUUGCAGUUUUAAGUGCAUUCCUGCAGCAUUCUGUUGCCUGUAUAAUCUGCAGCUAUUAUGUGCUAGGAAAUGCACGUUUGACAAUGUACCCAAAGGCUUUAGCAAUCUGAUCAAUCUACAAAAGUUUGAAUCGAAAGGUAUUGUGGUUGAUGCUGCAAUGGAGAAUGGAGAGGGAAUUAAGUUGCUAAAGAAUUUUAAUCUAGUCACAAAAGAUUUGCUUAUAACUAAUAUUUGUGAAAUAAGCAAGGAUCAGGCGGCAGAAAUUGAACUGAUGAAGGAGUACGCUUCUAGUCUGACUCUGAAAUGGUGUGAAGGGGCAUCACAUUUGCCAGGAUCUCCAGAGCACAAUGAGAUACAAGUGUUUGCAGCAUUACACCCUCCCACCAAUAUUAAAUCUGUGUGCCUCGAAGGUUAUCCAGGUGAAUACCUUCCAAGAUGGUUUCAUGGUUUUGAUGAACCUACCAUUUUCUCAUCAUUAACAGAGAUAAAGAUUAAAAACUGCCUGAGGUUAUCAAGCCUUGAACAGUUUCUACAACCAGCUUAUAUGCCUGCCAUCAAGAAAAUGCAUAUUAUAGACUGCACAAGUUUGGAAUCUAUACCAGUAAAAAGGUUAAGGGGUUUGCCUUCCCUUGAAGAAUUGGAGGUGUACAAGUGCCCAAAGAUCAACUCACAACACCUGCAGGCCCCGUCCCUAAAGAAGCUUAUUUUGUAUGAUUCUGGGAAUCUUGCCAACAAUAUCGACUGCAGUUCCCUAACUAGCUUUGAUUUAUCAAAAUACCAUCUAGCAUCUGUGACCAUCAAUAGAGAAAAGUUCACACCGCUCACUAAACUAGCCAUCCAGGACUGCAGAGAACUAGAGACUCUUAAUGGAGGUUGGCCUUUUCUGACGAGCUUGUCCAUUUCAGUCUGUCCACAUCUCAAUUGGGAAAAUGGAAUACUGUUACCAUCGUCGCUCCAAGAACUCCACUUAUGGGAUUGUGGUAAUUUUUCUCUGAGGUACCUACAGAACCUCACAUCCCUUCAAUCAUUGCAGAUGGAUGCAUGCAAACACAUACAGUACAUUCCACGCGAUCUAUGGAGUAGUCUUAAAUUACUCCAGCGACUAUGCAUUAUGAACUGUGAAAACCUUGUAUCAAUUGGUGCAUCAGAAGGGAUUGAACACAUACCAAAGGUGCACAUUGGAAGCUGCCCAAAGUUGAAGGACGUACCACAGCCGCUGUGGAGAGGCUAUUCUGGUGGUGGUUACGGUGUCAUAAAUUUUUAUCGGAUAAGAGUCAAUGGUCUGAGUGCCACCAACUUAGUAUCCUAUCCUUGAUCGUUGGGGCGCUCAAAGCCUCCAACAUACUUUCACAAAUAAUCAGCAUAUUGACCUGAGCUGUAACAUGUAUCACAUUCAAAGCAGGCUUUUUUGUUUCUGAACAUUGUGAAAUAAUUAUGUGUUCCAGGGGUUCACGGCUGCUACAGUGUACUAUUUGAUAUUCCUUUGGUUGCACACUUGUGUGUCAGUUUUUUUUUUUAAAGCAAUGGCAGGAGCUCUGCCUUUCAGUUAAGUUGGGAAAAUGAGUUUAUGUACAACCAAAGUAAGGUUAGAGGGAAUCAGGCCACUGAAGAAAACACACAAAGCAACACCCUCCAAAAGCAGCCAUAAGCGAAAGCUCUGUUUCUUUGCUUAAUAUCGUCUUUAAUUCUUGCAGCCACCUGAAUCACCGUCGCAGCAGUGUUGUUGAAAAUUCUUCUGUUACGCUCCUUCCAAAUGUUCUAGAAGGUGUAUAUCACCAUCCAUUGAGACACCUUCGUUCUUAUGCUGGCAUCUUCCUUGUUGUGUCUUCCCACCAAGCUUUGAUAUUCACUGGGUCGGCUACAUCGUGUGACCUUAGCUCACGGAGGUUCUCCCAAGAGAUGACUAGGUUCUAUACCUCUUUAUCAAAGGGGAACACAAGCAUAGGCGCAACCCGGUUUC